UUGGCUCUAAACCACCCUCAGCCCCCUUCCUCUCCACCAGCCUUUCGUUUUUUUUCAGCUGAAAUCUAUUGUGGAGGCGGGAGGGAGAAUACUGCUAGGGAUUAAGGGGUUAAAAAGAACAGCUUUGGGGAGAGGAUGGGAAAUCACCCAUGCACCAUCUCCCCACUCCACCCACCCUGAUUGAAGCAGGGACUUCCUGUGACAGUUCAUUUCCUGGUUGGAUGGAGCUGGAGGAGAGGUGGGGGUUGGAGUCAGAUCAGCCCUGUAAUGGUCUCUGGUUAUCAGCUGCUGUUUGCCUCCUUUAAGUGGCAAUGUUACCUUAUAACCAUGUUCCAUCCAGGACCAGCAGAGAGGCUGUAGCAAUGGUAACACUGUGGCUAAACUGCUAGCUCCAGCCUAUUUGCAGCAAAGUGCUGGGACAGCCGCCCCUUUAGCACCUAGGUAGGUCUAAAUCUGACCAGCUCUGCCUGGCAGGAGGGAAAAAAAGCAUCUGCCCUACUUCAAACAAACAACCCCCCCCCCCCCAAAAAAAAAUCACCACUAGGAGUGGAUUAUUUUUAUUGGCUGGAAUCAAGAAGGGGGGAAAAAAUUGGACCUUGACAACAUCACCUUUAAUCAUAAUACAAUUAUUUCUCUGGAGAGAUGAAGAAGUUUUUUGACUCUCGUCGAGAGCAGGGCGGUUCUGGCCCUGGUUCUGGUACCAGUGGAGGAAGUGGCAGUAAUACAGUGGCAGGGAGUGGGUACAUUGGCAGGGUGUUCCAUAUUGGGAGAUACCAGGUGACGGUGGAUGAAGUGCUGGCUGAAGGUGGAUUUGCUAUCGUGUUUCUGGUGAGGACUAACAAUGGGAUGAAAUGUGCCCUGAAACGAAUGUACGUCAACAAUGAGCAUGAUUUGCAAGUCUGCAAAAGAGAGAUUCAGAUCAUGAGGGAUCUAUCUGGACACAAGAACAUUGUUGGAUACAUUGAUUCUAGUAUAAACUCAGUGAGCAGUGGUGAUGUGUGGGAAGUCUUGAUUCUAAUGGACUUUUGCCGAGGAGGCCAGGUGGUGAACCUGAUGAACCAACGCUUGCAGACGGGAUUCACAGAGAAUGAGGUCUUGCAGAUUUUUUGCGAUACCUGUGAAGCUGUAGCCAGGUUGCACCAGUGUAAAACGCCUAUAAUCCACAGGGAUCUGAAGGUUGAAAAUAUCCUGCUACAUGAUCGUGGCCAUUAUGUCCUGUGUGAUUUCGGAAGUGCCACCAACAAAUUCCAGAACCCUCAAAUGGAAGGAGUGAAUGCAGUAGAAGAGGAGAUCAAGAAGUACACCACAUUAUCCUAUAGAGCACCAGAAAUGGUCAACCUGUAUAGUGGCAAACUUAUUACUACAAAAGCAGAUAUAUGGGCCCUUGGUUGUUUACUGUACAAAUUGUGUUACUUUACUUUACCAUUUGGGGAGAGUCAGGUGGCAAUUUGUGAUGGAAACUUCACCAUUCCGGACAACUCUCGCUACUCCCAGGACAUGCACUGUCUCAUACGUUAUAUGCUUGAACCAGACCCUGACAAGAGACCUGAUAUUUACCAGGUCUCCUACUUUGCAUUCAAGUUAACAAAGAGGGAGUGCCCUGUCCCAAAUGUACAGAAUUCUCCAAUCCCUGCUAAGCUCCCAGAACCAGUGAAAGCUAGUGAAGCAGCUGCAAAAAAGAGCCAGCCAAAAGCCAGGCUGACUGAUCCCAUUCCUCCAAUGGAAACCUCCAUAGCUCCACGUCAGAGACCUAAAGCAGGACAGACUCAACCCAACCCUGGAAUUCUGCCUAUUCAGCCAGCCCUCACCCCUAGAAAGAGGCCCACAGCCCAGGCAGCCAUCCAGCCACAAGUUGCAGGCCCUGCUGCUUUGGGUGGUGGCCAGCCCUCGCUUCCUGCAAGUGUUCAGCAGCCUAAAGCGCCACCUCCGCAAGCUCAACCACAGCCUGCCCCUCAGCUCCAGCCCAAGCAGCCGCCUGCUCCUCAGCAGACCCCAGUAGCCCAGCCGCCAGUCCCUUCUACUCAGCCGCAGGCCACACCUCAGCAUCAGCAGCAGCUCUUCCUGAAGCAGCAGCUACUGCAGCAGCAACAGCAGAUGAUGCAAGCUCAGCAGUUCCAAGUGAUGCAGCAGCCAGCCAUGUCGCAGUUCCAAGUGAUCCAGCAGGGAGCGCCGGCGCAGCAGCAACUGAUGCAGAACUAUUACCAGCAGCAGCUGAUUGCGCAGCAGGCAGCCAUGCAACAGAAGACCGCGGCAGUGGUGGCUCAGCCAAAGCAACAGGCUCCAGUGCCGCAGCAGCCACAGGCUGCAGUCCAGCCAGCACCUGCGCAGGAGCAAGUGAAGCAGGCCCCGAUAAGGCAACAGCAAAAACCUCAAACGACACCGCCUUCAGCUGUCCAGGGGCAAAAGCUGGGCUCCCUCACCCCUCCGUCCUCCCCCAAGACACAGCGCGUGGGACACAGGAGGAUUCUGAGCGACGUGACGCACAGCGCAGUUUUUGGGGUCCCAGUCAGCAAAUCUACCCAGCUCCUGCAGGCGGCUGCUGCUGAGGCCAGUCUCAACAAGUCCAAGUCUGCAUCCACGACACCGUCUGGCUCCCCUAGAACCUCACAGCAGAAUGUCUACAAUCCACCGGACGUCUCCACGUGGAACCCGUUCGAUGACGAUAACUUCUCCAAACUCACGGCGGAGGAGCUGCUGAACAAGGACUUUGCAAAACUGAGCGACGGUAAACCUCCAGAAAAGCUUGGCAGCUCCACAGAGAACUUGAUUCCAGGCUUUCAGCCAGCUCCCUCUACAACACAGGCAGAUGCUUUCGGUGGUUCUUCCUUUACAGCUGCAUCAGCUGAAAAAACAAAAGACAUCCUGAGUCUGGACACUAGCCCUCCGCUUCUAGCUGUGCCUGAUCCUUUCAUUCCUCUUCCGUUAUCCGACACACCAGAAAAACUGAUUGAGGGUCUCAAAUCUCCUGAGACUGCGCUUCUGCUCCCUGAUAUCCUGCCUCUAGCUGACCCCUUCGGUUGCACCUCUGAUGCUGUGAAUGGAAAAGAUGACAUACCUGUUGAGAGUCUCAUACCUGGCCUGGAGGCUCCACUGCCCCAGCACCUCCCCUCCCAGACCGACUCAGUUGCUUCCAACAGAACAGACUCGCUCACUGGGGAAGAUUCUCUACUUGACUGCUCUCUGCUUUCUAACCCCGCUGCUGACCUCUUGGACGAGUUUGCUCCUAUAGCUAUUUCAGCUCAAGCUCACAAAGAAGAUACUAAUCUGAUAUCAGGCUUUGAUGUUCCUGAGGGCUCUGAAAAGGUGGCAGAAGAUGAGUUUGACCCUAUCCCAGUGUUGAUAUCCAAAAAUUCACAAGGUUUGCAGAGGGAACAAGUUGUAUAUCCUGUCCUAACCACUGAGCACAGUAAACUGUCUGCUGCUACUGAUGGACUUCCUCUGUACAAAGGCCAGCCUGAAAUGCUUGAAGUGAAAACUCAGCACAAUUCAGAAUCUGAUUACUUCGCAAGAGAUGGGCCUUCAAGCAACAGUUCUUUCCACAGCAGUGAGGGAGAGGGGACAGACCAUGAGGUGGACAUCUUGGAUUGUAGUGGGUCCAGGCCUUUACUUAUGGACUCAGAAGAAGAAGAGGAGUCCAGUAAGUUGCAAUCGACACUCAAGGAAAGAUUUGUGGCUUCCAGAGAAGAUUCCAAGCCCCAGCCUUCCCAGAGCGGCAUGGGGAAAGCUCUGUUUACAGCCUUUCAGCAGCACUCCGGAGAAAUUUUCAAUGAGCCAGAUGUCUUUGCCACGGCUCCUUUCCGAAGCUCAAGAAUAGUGCAUGAUGAGUUGGACAUCUUUACCAAAGCUCCCUUCAUCUCCAAGAGCAAUGUGCCUGUCAGGCAGCCAGAAGAGGCAGAUGUAUUCCUAAGUGCCCCUUUCACAAAAAAGAAAAGCUUGGAAGAGUUGACUUUUCAUAACGUUUCUAAGGAGCCUCACAUUCAAGCCUCUUUCCUAGGUCAAACUGGUGAUGUCCAACAUGUAGAUAACUCCAAGUUCCAAAACUUGGAUACAGGAACAUGCGGAUUGUCUGUCUCAUCUAGAGUUCAGUACUCUGGGGUAGGGUUUAUUCAGCCAGCCAACCUUCCGUCUCAUUCCAUAAGACCAGUGGAGACCCAAGAAGGCAUUCCUCCCAAAGGUACAUUUAAAGAUCUUGGUGGCAUUCCUAAUGAUAAAAACCAAGGACAUGCACUCCCCCAAGAAGCCAUCUUGGGUUCAAUGGUUAGUAAGCCUUUCCGUCCACAGUCUCUAUCAAAGUAUUCCCGUCACUACAGUCUGGAAGAUGGGCAGGGUCUGGAAGUCCAACCUAUAGCAGCAUACAAAGUGGUUUCUCAGACCAACAAACAGGCUAUCGCAGGAUCUGUCUCUAUUGCUUCUCUGUCUUCCAGGACUAAAGAGCUACCCAGCGUUGACCCAUUUGCUUCAGCACCCUUUCCUUCCAAAUCAGGAAAGCAAAAGCCUUAAACAGUCUGAGAGAAAGGGGGAAUGUGCAUUUCUCACAGGACCUUCAAUCUCUUAGUCAAAACGAGCAACCAUAGCAAUAUUUUUUUUUUUGUUCAAAAACUCCAGUUGCGGUGAUAUUUAGUUAAACCAUUUUAAGUUAUGUUAGAUAGUUUCAGGAUAUUGAAUUCCAGGCUCUCGAGGUUUUUCCCAUCCUUUUUUAGUGGCUAUUUUCCCCCCAAUACUUUUUAGAUUCUUAUUUAAACCAGUAAUAUUCCAUAUUUUCUGGCUUCAGUGGGGGGAAAUCCAUUUGGGAUAAAAUGAAUUACCAUUGAUACUAGCAUACAGUUAGGAUGCCAGAGCAAAUCAAUCAGGACAAGCUAAUGCUCUGGAGAAGAAAUGAGUUUGAAGUAGAAAGGCUGUCAUGAUUUUUUUUCUUCUUACCAAGGGGAAUUGUGGAAGAGACCAAUGUCAUCACAAAGCCAGGAGCUGUAGAUUGGCAACUUGAUGAGGGGUGUGUGUGUGUGUGUGUGUGUGUGUGUGGAUCAUAUGCACGUGGAGUAAAAUUGACACAUGCCACUAGUCUACCACAAGACCUAUGAACCAUGGAAGUCCUCUUUUAAGUAUUGCAUAGGCCUUGUGCUGGUCUUCUUGCCUAUAAGCAGUUUUCCCUCAUUGCAGAUGUAAUAGGCAAUUUUCACUGUCUGCAGGUAAAAUACAUGAAAAUGUGUAUCUUUCUAUGGGCCUGAUCCAAAACCGGUUGAAGUCAAUGGAAAGACUUCAAUGAGCUUUGGAUCAGCUCUUUGGGAUCAGGUCCCAGGUACAUAUGGAUGGAAGUAUUGGCAAAGCAAUCUUUCAGACAUAUUCUUCCUCUCACAGUUGGCUACACUCCAGAAAUACCAUGAUCCUACUGUGUUACUAAGGAAAAGGACAGUUGCUUAGUAUUUAUAAUAUAAUUUUAAAAUGUUAGUGUAUCACACUUGAGUGUAGAGGAAAAUAUAGUUGUUGUUUAGUGUGGAAGUUAACUGUGAUAUUUGUCAUGUGUUACUGUUGGUGGCUGAGCAGGAGUACAGUUGACCUCCUUAGGAAUUGUUAGUCUGCCCCCGUGUCUUUUCGCAAAGGAAGGAAAAAGGCAAGUAUCCUUAAUUAAUAAGCGUGCAUAUUUAAUGGCAAGCACCAGGUAACAAAACAGUCCCUGCCAAAUCUGUUGUUUUUCAAGCUAUUUCACCCCAGAAAACACUUCUAAAUGUCAGACUAUAGGGAUGCUUUUGGCUGCUGAUCAUUAAUAGUGCUGCCCUUUUUUAAAUGUCAUCUGGCAUAUCCAGAGAAGCCACUUUCCUAGUGGACAUCCUAGAAGAGCGCGAUCUCUGGAAGGUCUCCAUGAUUCUCAUUUUCUAAGGACCUGAUCCAAUGCCUAUUUGAAGUCAAUGGAGACAGUCCUGUUGACGCCAGUAGUUUCUGGAGCCAGCUCUUAAGAGCGUAGCUAUGACUUUGUUCCCGAUUUAAUUUGACAACUUAAUAAUAAAUGACCUAGAGCAGGGGUUGGCAACGUUUGGCACGCGGCUCGCCAGGCU